UCCGUUUGGCUUUCCCGGUCAAACCUGGGCGGGGCCAGGGCUCGGGCAUGCGCACUGCCCGACCCGGAAGGUCCGGACUACAUUUCCCGGCAGACUUUCCGAGAGCGCUCAGGGCAAGGUCCCGGCGCGGGCUCCAAGGUUACAUCACGUUUGCCCCGACAGCCAGUUCUUUUGUCAGGACGCUGUGUCCUCAUUCACCCUCAGCCGCUAUCAGUCUCUGGGCCGGGGAGAGUGAGGACCAGCGGCGGAAAUGGGACGCUGACGCGUAGUUUCAGAGCCGGCGCCAAGGUGGAGUGUUGGGGGAGGGGAAAAGCAGAGGAGGAGCCGCGGCGUCCGCCUUUCUGCCACGCCCCACACCUUGCUCUUCGCUAACGAUGGGGCGUGGCUACGGAUGUCAGCCAAUCAGCGGUAAGAUUGCUCCUUCUCGGGCCGGGAGUCGCGAGGCACGGAAGCUGGAUUCCUCCGCCCUUCCCUUGUAACCACGCCCUCUCCAUGCCCGUCUUCCUGCUCUCCGCACGUGGCUUCAGGAGUUCUGAUUGGGCGGCGCGGGGAGGAGGCGUGGCCGUGCUCUCAGUCCGAGUGGGCUCAGGCUCCUGCAUCCCGCCGGCUUCGGGCUGGUCCCCCCCCCUCCCCCCCCCUCCCGGACGGAAGCGGCGAUGGCCCCGGGACCCGCGCCUGCGGCUCCUGCGGCCCCCGCUACGGAAGUCAUGACAUUCAAGGACGUGGCUGUGGCCUUUACCCUGGAGGAAUGGCAGCAUCUGGACCCUUCUCAGAAGGACUUGUACAGAGAGGUGAUGCUGGAGAACUACAGAAACCUGGUCUGCCUGGGCCUGGCCAUUUCCAAACCAUACGUGAUCCGCCAGUUGGAACAAGGGAGAGGACCUUGGAUGCCAGAGGGAGGCACCUCCCUCUGUGACAAAGGGAGCCACCGUGCAGAUUGGGAAGAGAUAGUUGAAGUAAAGGAGCCCACUCCAAAGCUUGGCAUUACUUUGAAAGGAUUUUAUGAAGACAGAUUGCCAAGGCAUCAUCAACACCAUGCUGCCAAACUUGGACAAGCUUUAGAAUGUGAUGCUAUGUCAGAGAGACAGCAUGACAAGGAUAAAUCUUCUAGUUUUCAUACUGGAAUGAAGCCUCAUCAAUGUAAUGAAUGUGGGAAGACCUUCUGCUGGCGCAAGGGACUUAAUGUACAUCAGAAAAUUCAUAGUGGACAGAAACCCUAUACAUGUGAUGAAUGUGGAAAGGCCUUCCUCCUGAGCACGCACCUUAUUCAACAUCAGAGAAUUCAUAGUGGAGAGAAGCCUUAUGUAUGUAACGAAUGUGGGAAGGCCUUCCGCCUUAGUGCACACCUUACUCUGCAUCAGAGAAUUCAUAGUGGAGAGAAACCUUUUGUAUGUAAUGAAUGUGGAAAGGCUUUCUCUCAGAGUUCACAACUUAACCGACAUCAAAGCAUUCAUACUGGAAAGAAAGCUUAUAAAUGUAGUGAAUGUGGAAAGACUUUUAGUCGGAGCACAGGACUUAUCAAACAUAAGAGAAUUCACACUGGAGAAAAACCUUAUAAAUGUAAUGACUGUGAGAAGGCCUUUCGUCGGAAUGAACAACUUAUUCGACACCAGAGAAUUCAUACUGGAGAGAAACCUUAUAAAUGUGAAGAAUGUGGUAAAGCCUUUCGUCAGAGCUCACAAUUUAGUCAGCACAAAAAAAUUCAUAUUGGAGAGAAGCCUUACCAAUGUACUGAAUGUGGGAAGUUCUUUUUAGAGAAGACGCAACUUACCCGGCAUCAAAAAAUACAUACUGGAGAAAAACCUUAUAAAUGUAACGAAUGUGGGAAGGCUUUCUUGGAGAGGAGGCAGCUUAUACAACACCAGAGAGUUCAUACUGGAGAGAAACCUUACGAAUGUAACCAAUGUGGAAAAAGCUUUCGUCAGAGCUCACGAUUUAGUCAACAUAAAAAAAUUCAUACUGGAGAAAAACCUUAUGAGUGUAAUGAGUGUGGGAAGACCUUCCUAGAGAGGAAACAACUUACCCAACAUCAGAGAGUUCAUACUGGAGAGAAACCUUACAAAUGUAAUGAAUGUGGGAAAAGCUUUCGUCAGGGCUCACGAUUUAAUCAACAUAAAAAAAUUCAUACUGGGGAAAAACCUCAUGAAUGUAAUGAAUGUGGGAAGGCUUUCUUGGAGAGGAAACAACUUCGUCGGCAUCAGAGAGUUCAUACUGGAGAGAAGCCUUAUGUAUGUGAUCGGUGUGGGAAGGCCUUCAGCUCCAAGUCAUACCUUACUGUACACCAGACAAAUCACACUGGACAGAAGGCUUAUGAUAAAUGUAGUGGACGUGGGAAGGUCUCUCCCAAGAAGUGCCUUACUCAGCAUCAGAGAAUUCCUAUCGGAGUGAAGCCUUAUCAAUGUAGUGAAUGUAGAAAGACCUUCCUUGACAGGAAACCACUUAUUCACCAUCAGAGGAUUCACACAGAAGGAAUUGCCACCUUGCUGUAGCAAACGUGAGAUGACCUUCCAAGAGUAGAAACAGCUUAUUCAACUUCGAAGCCUUUGUAAGUGUAGCGAAACCCUGUGAAUGUGAUAGAAUAUGGGAAGACUCUUCUUGGGAAACAGCUUGCUCAACCUCGGACUUCAUAAGUGUAGAAAAACGUUGUGAAUAUUAUGAAUAUGGGGAGGCUUUUUUAGGGAGUAGAGAACCUAAGUCAACAUGGGAGAAUUCAUGAGUGAUGGGAAGCUUUUAUGAAUAUAACAAGGCCUUUCAUAAGAGCUCACCAUUUAGCAAAUAUAAAAAUAAUUCGUGUUUAUGAGACACCUUAUGAAUGUGAAAAGGCCUUUCUAGCGCAACUCAGAAAUUUCAUUGUGGUGAGAAAUGUGAAUAUAAUGUGGGAAAACUGUAUAAGACCAAACAGUUUUAUCAGUGUCAAUACCAAAGUGAAACUAUGGUUAUUCUGUAGAAUAGCUUUCUGAGAGCCUAUGUCUUUAUGAAGAUAACAAAUGUAAGAAGGAUCCCAACCACUGCAGACACUGAAAUUUAGGCAUUCAAUUAAAGGGAAAUUGUAAAGAUCUGAUUGUCACACUAUGGUCUGGGACACUGACUGAUCUUGUGUGGCCUAGGAAACCUUUAUUUUAAAAUGUAAAAACCUUGGCUCUGGGGUGGGCCACAUUUGGCCCUUAAGUUGAAGUUGUCAAAUCUUUCUAUACUACAUGAAGCAAAUAUCUAGUUUCCCAUGAGAUUUCCUUAAGGUUUCUCCCAAAGAAUAACAACAACAAUAGCAGCUGUCAUUUAUAUAGCACCUACUACGUGCCAGGCAUUGUACUAAGUACUUAAAAAAAUUAGUCAUUUGAUCCUCACAACAACCUUAGAAGGUAGGUGUUGUUAUCAUCCCUGAGGUAACUGAGGCAAAUGAGUUGAGUCAGGAGUUUGGUUAACCAUCACAUAAUAUUGCUGUGUUGCUGUUCUGGUUCUGCUCACUUCACUCAGCAUCAGUUCAUGUCGGUUU